AUGCCAGUUCCCUUCGGCAUCUCAGUAGGAGAUUGCAUCGCUGUCAGCAUCCUCAUAAAAGAUGCCAUCAAAGCUAUUGACUCCAUCCACGGUUCCGCCUCCGAAUACCAAUCUGUGAUUCGCGAGCUCUGGGCCUUAGAUCGCGCAUUACUAGAAGUGGUAUCUCUAGCAGAGAGCUUCGAAACCACAGUCGAAUUGAACGCGCUUAGCCACACGGCUCGCAGAAUAGCGGAACAAUGUCGUGUGUGUAUUGUGAGAUUUUUGGACAAGAUUAGGAAAUAUGAGGGGUCUUUGAGGGAGGGAGGGACUAGGAACAAGGUGAGGGAUGGGUGGAAGAAGGUUACUUGGGGGUUGGGUAUGAAGGGCGAUUUGGAGAGCUUUAGAGCGGAGGUGAAUGCGUUUUGUUCGGCGAUUAAUAUGCUUCUCAUUACGGCGAGCGUGUCUCUUACAAAGUUAAACGAUAAGAAUUUGGGAAAGCGGAUGGAGGAUGCGAACCGAUCACAAGAAUCUACGGCUGGUGAACAAAUGGUGAUAUUGGGGCAGAUGAAGGUUGCGAUUGAUAAGCAUACGAGUGCACUACAAGUGCAGCAGAGAACGACGACAAGCCUUGCGGAACGAAUGAAGUACCUCCUUACACUUGGGACGGAACUAAAAUCUUUCAUGACCCGAAUCUGGACACUCAGCUUCCAAAGCUACAAGAUCUUGAUUGAAUUACAGACUCGAGUCCCUCCAGAAUUCGAACCAUGCUGGAUUCAAGAGCCCCUCAUUUUGACUGAUGCACUGGGUCGAACUGCUCCGCUACAUUUGGAAUUGAUCAACAACUGGGAUGUCUUGGAAGCUGUAUUAGAUGCGAGAUUCAAGAACUUACCAGGUGAGAGCAAGGUUAAGCAGAGAGAGUAUGCUCUUCAAGACCGGAUUUCAAACAGAGACGUCAAAAGGAAUGACACGUUUGAGUCUUCUUUCCUACCUGGCCGGAAACUUGACAUGAGUAUAGUCUUCACCAAAAGAAUCUCAUCCGGGAAUUCUUGUCCAAGCUGUAAGAUGGAAUCGAACGAGGCUACAUCUGAAACCAGAAUUUGCAGCGGAUGCGGUAUGUGGUUCCAACGUAUUGAAGAGAUUGUUGAGGACCCAGUCGUAGAAUUACAGCAUGCAUCUCAAACCAGGCCAUUCAACACGUCAUUAUAUGCGUCCGCCGACCCUGAUCAGGAGGAGGCUAUAGUCUUGGAAUCGUCCAUUCCAUGUUCAUCUAGGAAAAGGAAAUCAUCAGUGGUAAUAGUGGAGGAUGACAUAUCUCUCUUCAAACGAGUGCGACUGCUUCAACGCAAAUAUGUUGGCAAAGUCGGAUCUUUACACCCCGGGCAGAAUCAACCUUCAGUCUAUGCCUGGCAAAUCUCUACAAAACUUAAAGCUCCAUCUACGUAUGUUGAUAACUUGAUGUUUCAGGUAAUACAUACGCAGCGCCAUCUUUCCGUUACAAAAAGUCUCACGGGAGACGAGAUCAUAGGGCCGUCUGUUCCCUCAGUCUAUAUGCUCUUUAAUCAACCAGGACCUUCUACCCGAAACCCAUCGACUCUUACCGAAAUGAUGGAAUGUUAUGCUACUCUCCUCUCUGCCCGUGGUUUCUGUCUCAUUCCUGAGAAACUCUCCUCCUUCAUGUGCAUGUACCGUUUCGUACAAUGGCAAAUCUCACCCAGCUACGAGGCCUACCAGGCACUACACAAUUGGCAAGUACCCGAACCAUCACAACUCACCAUCCCUCAUCCAGCAUGGAUGGAUCUUCCUCCGUGGGGUUCAUUCCGAGAUAGAGUCGUACGGAACCAAGAACGAUAUGAUAACGUCGAAUUUCAGUACGACUAUGCCACCAACCUGUCGGUCAACUUCCCACAUGAUCCGAUGAAGGCUUUAGUAUUUAAGGACGGUCAGAUUGUAAUCUCGCCGAUGCUGGAGACUCACUUGAGUGAUAUCUCGAAUAUGAGUAUGCAAAAGCCUUUUGCAGUUAAAUAUCCUGAACUCCACGACCUUCAACACGUUCGACCGAACCUGGCUGCGUGGCCUAAGCCCGUGCUCUACACCUACACCAAACGCUUCAAGACCAACGACGCAAUGCUCCAGCACCAACGCGAUUCCCCGCGUCAUAUUGAUACACCACAAGUACCACAACGGACACUGAAUCCCCACGAACUAGUGCAAAGGCUAUCGUUACAAGAUGAGGAAACUAAUCAUUGCUUCAUCCCAUUUUCAGGCGGCGGUCUGACGACACCUUUCGCUGUGCCGAGUCUGGUACCAGAGCAGGUUACGGCGGGAGAGAUUGAUGUUGCCAAGGGAACGAAGAAGAAAAGGAAAAAGACAGGCAAAGGAAACAUACUAAAGAUGGGUCCAGGUGGUGGCUCGACCUAG